AUAAACCUUGGGGAGAUGCUUCUAAAGGCUCAUUCAUUUCAGAUCCAAGUCCUCCCUGAGAGCGGUGAGACACCUCUGUUCAAGCAAUUCUUCAAGAACUGGCGGGACAAGGACCAGACAGAGGGGCUGGGCCAGGCCCAUGUUUCUGGUCACGUUGCCAAGAUCGAGCAGGUCCCUUUCGACGCGGCCACUCUGCACAGCUCCAGGGCCAUGGCUGCCCAGCACGGCAUGGAGGAUGAUGGCACGGGCAACAAACAGAUCUGGAGAAUAGAAGGCUCCGAGAAGGUGCCGGUGAAUCCCGCGACCUACGGGCAGUUCUACGGCGGGGACAGCUACAUCAUCCUGUACGACUACCAGCACGACGGCAGGAGGGGCCAGAUCAUCUACACCUGGCAGGGAGCUGACUCCACUCAGGAUGAGAUUGCAACCUCUGCCUUCCUCACAGUGCAGCUGGAUGAGGAGCUGGGAGGCACCCCUGUGCAGAAACGAGUAGUGCAAGGGAAGGAGCCACCUCACCUGAUGAGCAUGUUUGGGGGCAAGCCCUUGAUUGUGUACAAGGGGGGAACCUCGAGGGAAGGAGGGCAGACGGCGCCCGCGGAAACGCGGCUCUUCCAGGUCCGAUCCAGCACCUCCGGAGCCACCAGAGCUGUGGAGCUGGAUCCUACUGCCAGUCAGCUGAACUCCAACGAUGCCUUUGUCCUGAAGACUCCCUCUGCUGCCUACCUGUGGGUUGGCCAAGGAGCCAGCAACGCCGAGAAAUCGGGAGCGCAGGAGCUGCUGAAGGUCCUGGGAGCUCGCCCAGUCCAGGUCUCUGAGGGCAGAGAGCCAGACAAUUUCUGGGCAGCCCUGGGUGGGAAGGCCCCGUACCGCACCUCGCCCCGGCUCAAGGACAAGAAGAUGGACGCGCACCCUCCUCGGCUCUUCGCCUGCUCCAACAAGAGCGGGCGCUUCACGAUUGAAGAAGUCCCUGGAGAUCUGACUCAGGAUGACCUGGCUACAGAUGAUGUGAUGCUCCUCGACACGUGGGAUCAGGUCUUUGUAUGGAUUGGACAAGACGCCCAAGAAGAAGAAAAGACUGAGGCACUGAAAUCUGCCAAGCGCUACAUCGACACCGACCCGUCCAACCGCGACAAGAGGACCCCCGUGACCAUCAUCAAACAGGGCUUCGAGCCCCCCACCUUCUCCGGCUGGUUCCUGGGCUGGGAUGACGAUUACUGGGCUGUGGAUCCCCUGCAGAGAGCGAUGGCAGACGUGGAUGUCUGAGAACAGGUUUGACACAGAGCAAGUCCAGUGCCUUCAAUGCCUCCGAGAGCUCCUUCCUCCAGGAUGCACAUUAACGAGGGAAUGAUGGUAAAUAGCCAAUUAGCUGUGCAAUAAUUUCCGAAAACAAUCACGACCAGUCAUUGACCCUCCUCCUUGCUUUGAUUAUAUUUAAUACAAUAAAGCUUGUGUGAAAUAAUGGGAAGAACA